GCUAUGGAUUGGAUGUAUUUAUUCAUGCGCUUUUCACUCACCCAACUAUUUUUGGAACAUAUUUUCGCUGCAGAAACUGAUGAACAACUCUCUGGGAAGUUAAGUGAAUACGGUCUCAUCGUGCCCUUCAGCACAGACUCCCACGGCCGGUACAUCUCUCACGUGGUCUCUGCUGGAAGUGGAAGUAAAGGUGAUGAUGGUUCCGCUGCUGGUGCUGCCUCCGGCGCCUCAGACCCCGGUAGCAAGAGGAGGGUGGCCCGUGGUGCCCCCGAGACGCCCUCGGUCACCUCCACCUCCUCCUCCUCAACUCAGCACUUGUUUUUCAAUGUCACUGUGUUUGGGAAGGAGCUGCACCUCCGCCUGAGGGCCAACAGGAGGCUGGUGGCCCCGGGGGCUUUCGUGGAAUGGCAGGAGGACUAUGAAGAAAAGGCCAAGGAACGUAUCCACGGGAACUGUGUUUUCACUGGGGAUGUGAGUGAUAUGCCGGAGGCUUCGGUGGCUAUCAGCAACUGUGACGGACUGGCAGGUCUGAUCCGGACUGAUAAUGGGGAGUUUUUCAUCGAGCCCCUCGAGAAGGGCCAGCAGGAUGUGGAAGUGAAGGGGCGUGUCCACGUGGUCUACCGCAGGUCGGCCAUCAAGCGGGAGUCGGGCCAGCGGAGGGAGGAGCUCCACAACGAAGUGGCAGACUUCGGGAUCGCGGACCUCCCCGCGGCUCUGGACCUCGUGGAGCAGAAGUUGUCCGAAACCGAGCGCAAGAGGAGGCACGCGAAGAAAGACGACUACAACAUCGAGGUGCUGCUGGCUGUGGACGACUCGGUGGUGCGCUUCCACGGCAAGGAGCACGUGCAGAAUUAUGUUCUCACGCUCAUGAACAUAGUUGAUGAAAUCUACCACGAUGAAUCUCUGGGAACCAACAUCAACGUCGUCCUUGUCCGCAUGAUAAUGGUCGGCUACAGACAGUCCAUAAGCCUGAUCGAGCGUGGCAACCCAUCCCGCAGCCUGGAGCAGGUGUGCCGGUGGGCCAACACGCAGCAGCGCCGCGACCCCGACCACGCCGAGUACCACGACCACGCCAUCUUCCUGACAAGGCAAGAUUUUGGUCCUGCAGGUAUGCAAGGCUACGCUCCAGUGACGGGGAUGUGCCACCCACUGAGAAGCUGCACUCUGAACCACGAGGACGGCUUCUCCUCCGCCUUCGUGGUGGCUCACGAAACCGGCCACGUGCUGGGCAUGGAGCACGACGGCCAGGGCAACCGCUGUGCUGAUGAGACCAGUAUGGGGAGCAUCAUGGCGCCACUCGUCCAAGCGGCUUUCCACCGCUACCACUGGUCGCGAUGCAGCAAGCAGGAGCUCAAUCGAUACAUACACUCGUACGACUGCCUGCUGGAUGAUCCCUUUGAGCACAAGUGGCCCAAGCUUCCCGAGCUCCCCGGAAUAAAUUACUCCAUGGACGAGCAGUGCCGAUUUGACUUUGGCGUCGGUUAUAAAAUGUGCACAGCUUUUCGAACCUACGACCCUUGCAAGCAGCUGUGGUGCAGUCACCCCGACAACCAGUACUUUUGUAAAACUAAAAAAGGACCUCCGGUGGAUGGGACGGAGUGUGCACCAGGGAAGUGGUGCUUCAAAGGCCAUUGCAUCUGGAGAUCGAGCCAGCAGCCUCAGGGCCACGAUGGGAGUUGGGGCUCCUGGUCGAAGUCCGGCUCUUGCUCCAGGACUUGCGGCGGUGGCGUCCGCUCCCGCAGCCGACAGUGCAACGACCCUCCGCCUGCGUACGGUGGUCGAGAUUGCCCCGGCUCUACUUUUGACUACCAGAUGUGCAACACCGAGGAGUGUGCUGGACCUUACGAGGACUUCCGUGCUCAGCAGUGCGUCCAGAGGAGCAACAAAUACCACAAGAACAUCAAGCACACCUGGCUGCCAUAUGAGCACCCAGAUGACGGCCGCAAGUGCGAGCUGAGCUGCAAGUCCAAGGAAACAGGAGAGGUGGUGUUCAUGAACCAGGUGAUGCAUGAUGGGACCCGCUGCAGCUACUCAGACCCCUUCAGCGUGUGCGCCCGAGGAGAGUGUCUGCACGUUGGCUGCGACAAGGAGGUCGGUUCCUAUAAACAAGAGGACAAGUGUGGAGUGUGCGAGGGGGACAACUCCCACUGUCGCACCGUGAAGCUGACGCUCACCAAGACGCCAAAGAAGAACGGAAUGCUGAAAAUGUUCGACAUCCCAAUAGGAGCUCGCCACAUUGUUAUUGAAGAGAACGACACCUCCCCUCACAUAAUCGCUGUGAAGAAUCAAGUUACUGGGAACUUCAUACUGAAUGCAAAGAGUGAGGACGCUGAGUCGAAGACCUUCAUCGAGAACGGUUUACAGUGGGAGUAUUCCAUGGCUGAUGAGAAGGAGACCCUGAAAACAACUGGUCCUCUGCAUGAGGGCAUCAUUGUUCUGGUUAUGCCGCAGGAGGAAGAUACAAAAGUCAGCUUGACGUAUAAGUAUAUCAUACACGAGGACCUGUUACCGCUUAUCACCAACAACAAUGUACUUCUAGCCGAACUGGACACCUACGAGUGGGCAUUGAAGAGCUGGUCCCAGUGCUCCAAACCAUGUGGCGGAGGCAUUCAGUACACAAAAUACGGCUGCAGGAGGAAAAGUGACAGUCGCUUGGUGCAUCGUAACUUUUGUGAAACCAGCAAAAAGCCCAAACCCAUCCGCAAACGCUGCAAUGUGCAAGAGUGCAGCCAGCCAACGUGGGUGGUGGAGGAGUGGACUCCCUGCAGUAAGACCUGCGGGAAGCUGGGCUACCAGACCCGGGUGGUGCAGUGCAUGCAGGCGCUCCACAACGGCACCAACCGGCCCGUCCACAGCAAACACUGCACCGAGAACCGUCCGGAGACCAGGAGGGCGUGUAACCACACAACAUGCCCCGCCCAGUGGAGGACAGGGGCGUGGUCUCAGUGCUCGGUGACCUGCGGAGAAGGAAUCCAACAGAGGCAGGUGGUUUGCAAAGCCAGCGACAACACCAUCGGAGAAUGUGAGGGCGAGAAGCCGGAAACCGUCCUCAUUUGCAAACUCAACUAUUGUCCAGGACAGCCGGUGUCUUCUCUCAGUGUUGAGAAGAUCGUAAAUACCACGAUAAAAGCAGAUGAAGUGACACGACAAAGGGUUUCUGAGAACCCCGUCCACAAAAUCUCCUCAAAUGAGCCAUGUCUGGGGGAUAAAUCGAUUUUCUGUCAAAUGGAAGUUCUGGCCCGUUAUUGUUCAAUCCCUGGAUAUAAUAAGCUUUGUUGCGAGUCUUGCAACAAGAAAGAAAACCUCGCCACUCAUGCCCCUGAUAUUGAAAAUGCCCCGGUGGUCCUAGUCGAACGUGAGUCCUCCUCUCCUGCUCAAUCCUCAUCGUCCAAAGCUCCUCAACCUGCCACGACCCAGAGCCCGCCACAAACCACUAAAGCCAUCAGCAGACGGCCUUGGUCCACCGCCCCGCUGUCGACCACCGCCGCCGCUGCUGAGUCUUCCACAUCCGCAGGUGCUGCUCUGCCCCAGGUCCCCACCAGUGCCUCCUUCCUCGUAGCUGGGAAGGGAGACUCUGACCUGGGGCCUCUUCUACCUCCAGAGCCGCCACGGCCCACAGCAGAGUCCAGUAGAGGUGCCUCUAAAGAGCACAGUCCAAACAGCACUUUAGGCCCAGUCACUGCCAAGUCAAGAAGGGACGAUUUAGGAUCCGAGAGGGACUCCAGUCACAGAACCCUGUCGGCUCAGAAAUAAGAGACAGUGAGCGAUGCUGUGAACAUGCUGCUCAGUGAGACGCUCUCAUACAUCAGCUCAGCCUGCGUAGCAUCUGAUAGACUUGCAGUCAGGCUGCAGAUAUUUUCUUUUCUUUUUUUUUCCCAUGCCAGUGAACUGACCAGUGAUGGUUACCUCAUCGAAUCUCCAACGGAAGAAAAAAAAGUUGUCAAAACAAAGGUGCUGUAAAAUAAAACGACCACAAGACGUGUUCAAAAUGUGAUGACUGCAUUGCUACAUUCAUGUUUUUAUCUGUGUACAGUUGUGUAAGCCUGUUUUUUCUCAAGUGCAUUAGAACUACUAUUGAACUGGUAUUGUGAACAUGACUAGAGGUCAAAGGCCAUGGUUGCAGGCAUGCAGGUGCUACCUAUGGGGUCCUGAGUGUGCCAACAGAAUAUUUAUAGAACACUUUGCAAUC